ACGGCAUUCACGGUCUCUAAUGGCUGAACAACAACAACUAUUAGCGGGCACCAAACUUUCCCUAACUUCCCCGGACAACAGAGAAAGUUGAAAGUAGCAAUUUAAUUUGGAGGUACUUCAGCUUAUGUUUGUUCACAUGAUACUUUUGUUGUCAUAAAUGAGGAAUCACUGAUGGAUCCAAGAUAUGACAUCCCGCGGAGGGCCGCCGCCGCCUCCUCCGGUGGCAGCGGGGGCGCCGCUAACUCGUCCCCCGCUCUGGGAGCUCAAUCCCGCCGCAGGAAGAUGCCUCCCCGACCCGCUGACUUCAAACUUCAGAUUAUAAUUAUCGGCUCCCGUGGAGUUGGUAAAACCAGCCUCAUGGAGAGGUUUACCGACGAUACUUUCUGCGAGUCAUGCAAAUCGACAGUAGGUGUUGACUUCAAAAUCAAGACGGUUGAGUUAAGAGGAAAGAAGAUCAGACUACAGAUAUGGGACACUGCAGGCCAGGAGAGGUUUAACAGCAUCACAUCAGCCUACUACAGAGGAGCCAAAGGAAUAGUGCUGGUUUAUGAUAUCACAAAACAGGAGACUUUUGAGGACCUUCCUAAAUGGAUGAAAAUGAUAGACAAGUAUGCCUCAGAGGAAGCAGAGCUUUUGCUAGUGGGGAACAAGCUGGACUGUGAGACUGAUCGGAUCAUCUCUAGACAACAAGGAGAGAGGUUUGCCUCUCGAAUAAGUGGAAUGCGCUUUUGUGAAGCCAGUGCCAAGGAUAAUUUUAAUGUGGAUGAGAUUUUCCUUAAGCUUGUUGAUGACAUUCUUAGCAAGAUGCCUCUUGAAGUUCCUAACAAGGAGCUCUCCAACAGCGUUCUGUCUCUGCAGCCUGAACCUGAAGUGCCACCGGAGUUGCCCCCUCCCCGGAUGCGCUGUUGCUGAACCCCCCCCAUCUCAAGCAGACACUCUCUGAAACAUGCAGCGCACCAUCAUGACCACAUGGUGGCAGCACACAGCAGCACUUUACAAUUGUCACCUGCUGCUGUGAUGAUGCAUGAAAUAAGCAGUAUUACUCUUUCUCUGUUGCUUUCUCUCCUGCGUUACUGAACACUAUAAGCUGCAGCACACUAACACUUGAGCCUGGAGAAUCUUCUUCCUACCACCCUUCUGUCUACACAUGACCCAGACUACCUCAUUGUUUGGAUGGUUAACCUAGGUAUGUCUUCCAGAUGGAGAUCCUUCCUAACAGAGGGAAUCACUGGAUGCCUCACAGCUUUUCUCCCGUUUUCCUUUUUAUCGUCCCUCUCACUAAGUUUAAAAUCCUUUGAGUUGAGGUUAUCUUUUAGUUUUAAGACUUGCUGACAAAAGGGAUGAUUUCUCACAUUUCCUGAGUUCAUUUCAAACUCCAUGUCUCCAGGUACAGUAGACAGGUUUGUAUUUUUCUUGGACUUUUGUUGUUUUACCUACUGACAGAAUGACUUAAAGUUGAAAAAAAGCACAAUAGGAAAUAAAUAUAGUAGCUGUAGUUGUAGCUGUAGUGACUGGAUGAGGUUUAGCGGCUAUUUGGACAGAGGAAGGUUAUACGAGUCAUCAAUUUAUGUUACAUUACCUUAAAGUAUUAAAAUGGCUGUAAUGUGGAAAUUAAUUUGAUAUCAAUUGUAAUGUUUUGCACUUUUCAAAGUUUAAACUUGUGUGCAGGAAAACAGAAGACAGGCGUUGUACUUUGGCACUAAUGAAAAUGAAGCUGUCUCAGCAGUGGCUACGCUCUGUGUGGGAUGUAGAUGCAAGGGGAUUAUGGGUAGUGUAGUCUUGGGCAUCUUUGUGCAAACCAGGGGAACUCUUUUUUUUUUUUUUUUUUGUGAUGCUGGCUAACCUGAGGGAAAUGACAAUAACAACGCCAGCUGGUUUUACAUUUUCUUGUUACUAAUACUUCUUUGUUUUAUGUUAUUUUCUGAAUUCAGCAACAGCAGAGGGAAAAGGGGAGGAGAAAGGUCAAAGGUGACAUGGUUAUUGUUUGUAUAACUCAGGAAACUUGGAUUGGCUCAGAGCUGCACAGUCUGGAAUUGAUUUUGAACCGUAAUGAAUUAAAGUUGCAUCACGUUGGAUGUUGUGACAUCUAGUGUUGAAGUUGUAUACUGCAUCUAACUCAACCCGCACCCCGGUUUAAGCCUCACCUUUUACACAGAGAAGUGUUUGUAUAACAGAACACAUUUAGACCUUUAGUUAUCUUGCAUUUCUUCAAAGUGUAAAAUUAAGGGCUUGUUCAAAUGUUUGUUUUUAUUUGAGAAAUUUUCGCAAUAUCUUCAGUUUUCAUUUAAGACACUAAAAAGAAUUGGAUCUAACAUUAGUUGACAUGUUCAACUGAAGUUUUCUGUUUUUUUCAGAAUCAACAAGCAUUGGUUCUUUGGACAAAUACUAAAUGUUCAGAAACGUGUUGAUAGUAUCGCCUAUGCACAUUUAAGCAAUGAGAUUAUCAUCCAGCAGGAGACCCUUUGUGCAGGGAUUAUCUGAGAACAUUUGGAUUGUCAUCACAUGUUUGGAAGUGUGAGCAUUUCUUCAGAUUGUGCUGUUUGUUUGGGAAUGAACCUUCCUCUAGAUGUUUUGGCACUAACCCUUUUACUACUUUGUUGUUUUUAACUAUACAUUUAAAGAAUUGCAUCGUAUCUGCAAUGAGUAUCCUUUAUGAUGAAUGUCUGUUAUAUUGUGUCAAACCAGUCUCUGAGUGGACUAAAGGGGAUUGGCUGUAUUUAUAACUUGUGGCAUUCUUGAACUAAUGAAAUGCUAUUAAAGAUGUCUAUAUUUAUUACUAAA